GGUGCCAGGUGUGGAUUCCCUGUCGAUCGGAGUGGAUCCCUGGCUCUUUCCAGCAAGAAUUAUCCCUUUCCUUGCAAGGCCAGCCUUGUUUCUCGCAGCACGGACCCCGUUUCUUUGAAUCUUGAGCCUCGGACUCAGAUUUUCCCUCUGUCUGCUGGAAAUCUUUUGACCAGGUUGAAUCCCUCCUUGAUCAGUUUCCAUCCAUUGUUCCUUGGCUGGCCUUCCGGUGCUUUGGAAAAUAGCAGACCAAGCGCUAUCCAGGCUAUGGAAAGUCCCAUGACGGAGCCCUUUGUGGACGUGGACCAAGGCAUCUGCCUCACCUUCCUCUCCCUGAUGGGUCUCUUCCUGCUGGCCAUGAUGGUGAGGUGCGCCAAGCUGAUUGUGGAUCCUUACACGGCCAUCCCCACCUCCACCUGGCAGGAGGAACCCUUGGACUGAACCGCCUGACAGUCACGGAAAGGAGUGGUGAGAGUCCAGGAAGAUGGAAAAGAAAUUGCGAUCCCUAAUCUUACAAAUCUCUCUUGGGUUUGGGGUUGGACUAGAAGACCUCCAAGGACCCUUCCAACUCGUUAUUCUGUUUAUCGUUGCUCCGUGCGACUUGCAGGAAACACAGGGCCAAAUUGAUAAGAUUGGGGACUGUUGUUCACACACAACCUCCCUUUCCAACGGGGAAAAUUGGUCGCCUGAAAGACUUAGGUGGGGAUUGUCUGUGGUAAUCCAAAAUUGACCGGGAAUUCUGCUUUCUCUGCUGUCUUUGACUUCCUCAACGGAGGCAGACAUUUGGGCUCCAUCGUCUGCUUGUAACCCCACACCCAGAGUACAUGAGUUUCUGCUUCCUGGUCAUCUUCUCGGUCAUGAUUUAAACCAGGAUGACUCAGUUGGGCUUUUCCUGCUAGACCGAAGGCUCUUGGUAAUCUUCUCCAAGGGCACCGUCGUUUAAUAGCAUGGCCUUCUUUCCUUUGCUCACAGCCUCCCGGGAAGGUCCAGCGCUAUAACCUCCUUGGCCAUUUGCGGGGGCUGCUAGAGGUUGGGCAAAAGGAGGCAGGUGAUUAGCAGGCGAGAAAACCCACCAGGGAAGGAAAUGUUCAAAGGCACAACUUCUUUUCUCUGUCUGUGUCCAAGUUUAGGGUGGAGGGAGACCCACCUGCUUGCAAAAUGUAAAAGCAAAGCAGUAACUUUUUUUCCCCCCUCCAGUGCUCUAUUUCUGUUUCAUUCUGAGAAGCGGCCUCUGCAGCAUCAGCUGCCUCCUUUCCCUUUGAAUACCCUUUUUCAUUGACAACUUGAGAUUUUAUUCGUAACUUAUUCGAUCUGCAUAUUCAUUGGUUCUCCCUAGGGACUUUUCUUUCCUGUUUAUUUGGGCAUCCUAUAACCCCAAAGGACACUCCAAGCUGCAUUAGCCCCUCUUCGGCCAGGGAAGCCAAACAAACAGGUCCGCCGAGUUUCAACUGCAAAACUUUCCUUUAUUGAAAAGCAAAGCGGCUUUUAUUUAAAACAACAACAACAAGAGA